GAAGCAGCGACUAACUGCGGCUGCUGAAGAGAUAUUUGAGCUGUUUGAAAGAACGAUAGCAGAGUACGAGGAGGAACUGUGUCGACACCGGAAACUACUGGACGCUGUUACCGAGCCUCAGGUCCAGUUACACAGAACAGCCAGACCAGGAUAUCAGUAACUGUCAAAGCACUCAGCUGAUGCAGGUUCUUCUCGAGGAGAGGCUGAAGAAUGAAAGUGGCAGGAGAGAGACUUUUGAUGCAGGAGGGAGUUUCAGAAGGUUUGAUGAUGUUGUGCUGUUGUUCACUGGAUGGCGGCAGAAUCUUACUGAACUACAUGCAGCAACAGGAAGCCGAUUUACCACUUUGUAAUGAACAUUUCUGCUGAUUGUUGUGAUGGUUUUUAGUUUAUGAGCUGUUCUGUAUUUGUUCAUUUUAACAUCUGAUUUGUCUGUUGCUGUUCCACAGAGCUAAUAUAGCUAACUAAUGAACCACCGGAAGCUGUUACGUAAGGAUCAACUGCGUUGGAACUUUACAUGUUUCCCCUCGGACUCAUUUCCUGUUACACAGGGGUGAAAAGUUAAGUUAGCGUGGCUUGCUGCCUUUAGCACAAAGAGUCCUAAAGGAACACGGCCACAAAAAGUUCGUCAGAGCAGUUGACUGUUUUACACGGAACCAAAGAGUCCAAAUGUCCGAACUGACUCUGUGUCGUUCACUUUAUUUGAACGUGUCAAACAUCUGAAUUAUCUCCUGGUGUCCGACGAGCCCGAAGAAGUUGAGAAACUAAGUUAACUAGCUUGCAGGAAGUAGACGGAGCCGAGCGGACUGUGAACACAUCAGAGUGAGCAGACAGUUUUUAACGGAGUGUUUCUGGAGGGAAAGUUCGUGUGAGUCAGUGAAAAUGUCUAAAGUCCAAACGCUGAGAGUUGUUGUGAAGCAGCGACUAACUGCGGCUGCUGAAGAGAUAUUUGAGCUGUUUGAAAGAACGAUAGCAGAGUACGAGGAGGAACUGUGUCGACACCGGAAACUACUGGACGCUGUUACCGAGCCUCAGGUCCAGUUACACAGAACAGACGUCCAGCAGCUGUUGGAGUGUAAAGAAGAGGAUCCUCCUGAGCAGCAGGAGAGGAGCUCCAGUCUGGACCAGGAGGAACCAGAACCCCCACACAUUAAAGAGGAACAGGAGGAACUCUGGACCCGUCAGGAGGGAGAGCAGCUUCCAGGGCUGGAGGAGGCUGAUAUCAAGUUCACCUUCACUUCUGUCACUGUGAGGAGUGAGGAAGAUGAUGAAGAGGAACCUCAGUCCUCACAGCUUCAUCAGAGACAGACUGAACAGAUGGAGACAGAAGCUGAUGGAGAGGACUGUGGAGGACCAGAACUAGACAAGAACUCAGAUCCAGAUAGAUAUUUAAAACCUGUUACUGAUGAUGAGGUGUCACGCUUCUCUGAGCCCGAGAUUAAUGACAACGCCUCUGAACCUGAACCUGAGACUGAUGACAGCAGUGACUGGGAGACCAGGACACCUGAGGUCCAGUCAGAGGAACGAGGUUCCAGUUGCACAGUCUGUAAAGAAACGUUUCCAAGCAGAUCUGAUGUUGUGAAACACAUGAGAACCCACAAGAGGGAGAAACGGUUCAGUUGCUCGGUUUGUGGUAAAACAUUUUCACAAAGUUCGCAUCGGAAUCGUCACUUGAUUGUCCACACGGGGGAGAAACCGUUCAGUUGUUCUCUCUGUGGUGCAAGAUUCAAACAACGUUCAAGUUUGGCAUCACACUUAAAAGUUCAUGGCGGAGAAAAACCUCACACCUGCUCCGUUUGUAAAGCAACUUUCCGUUUCAGAAGGAAUCUAAGCGCACACAUGAAAAGCCACAGUGGAGAGAAACCAUUCAGUUGUUCAGUUUGUGGUCAAAAAUUUGCAGAAAGGGGAUCAGUCAGAGCGCAUAUGAGUAGUCACACCGGGGAGAAACCAUACAGUUGUUCACUUUGUGGUGAAAAAUUUGCCAGACCUGGAACUCUGAGACGACACUCGAUUAUACACACACGGGAGAAACACUACAGCUGCAGCGUUUGUAACAAAAGUUUCACUCGACUUUAUACUAUCAAAAUACACAAGUGUGUUGAUGAGAGCAGCCAAAAUGCAUGAAGUUACAGAGAUGUUUGUUGGUCCAGUUUCUUCCAGCACGACUGAAGUACUGAGGGCAACACUGAUCAGUUAAAACUGUGAUACAGAUAACAGAAGACGUUCCUCUUUUAUCUCAUACGAUGUUAGGUGUAGGGAUGGGUACAGAAACCCGGUGUUAUAUGUACCAGAUUAUCAAAUACUGUAGUAUUGAUAACCUCCAGGGUUAACAGUCAUUUUUUCUAUAUUUUUUAUUGUUUAGCUGUGUUUUAUUAUCAUGAUGUAGCUCCGUCUCCUGUUGCAGAGGGAGGAAGUCUGAGACUAACUGAUGUCUGUGUUCCUCAUUCUUACCAAACUUGAUAUUUCAAGUCUGUUUCCACUGAGAGAAUUUUGAGUUUAUUGUGAUUUUGCUGUCAAGAUAGGAGUUUCAUGUCUCUCAGGACAUUUUUUAAUAGUCACUGAUAAUUAUAGUUGUGUAAUAUCCUUAUUCUGUGAAACUGAUAAUGACUGACUGUAAUCAUAACCUGAAAAUCUCAAAUUGUUGCAGUAAUUAUAUCACCCCUAUUUGAAUAAACUUGAAUUCACUUUAACCUUAAAUUUAAUUAAAAUGGAUUAUUUUCUAAUCUGUUUUUCCAUAGAUUGUAUAUCCUUCUCAACAUAUUCUACGUUUUGUAUCUUCCUCUGUUGUUUCUAUUUAAUUGAAUAAUUGAGAGGAGGAGGAAGAAGAAGAAGAUGAAAGUGUAUCUUUGGAACAGUUCAAAUAAAGUUGUUCAAAAU